CGCGGUGGAGUGCCGAGGUGCGGCUGGGCUAGUGGAGCCGUGGCCCAGCCGGGAUGGCGACGCCGAUCGCUCCGCGCCGGGGAGCCGGCGCUACCGGCCGGCGCUGGUUGGUGCUGCUGCCGCCCCUGCUGCUGGCGGUGCUGCUGCCGCGGCCCGCGGCGGCCCUGGUGGAAGGGCUCUACUGCGGCACGCGGGACUGCUACGAGGUGCUGGGGGUGAGCCGCACGGCGGGCAAGGCGGAGAUCGCGCGGGCCUACCGCCAGCUGGCUCGGCGCUACCACCCCGACCGCUACCGGCCCGAGCCCGGCGACGAGGGCCCCGGACGGACGCCGCAGAGCGCUGAGGAGGCCUUCCUGCUGGUGGCCACCGCCUACGAGACUCUUAAGGAUGAAGAAACUCGAAAAGAUUAUGAUUACAUGCUGGAUCACCCAGAAGAGUACUACAGCCAUUACUACCACUACUACAGCAGGCGCUUAGCCCCUAAAGUGGAUGUGAGAGUUGUGAUCUUGGUCAGUGUGUGUGCUAUUUCAGUGUUUCAGUUUUUCAGCUGGUGGAACAGCUACAACAAGGCAAUCAGCUACCUGGCCACGGUGCCCAAGUACCGUAUCCAAGCCAUGGAGAUUGCCAAGCAGCAGGGAUUGCUGAGAAAAGCCAAAGAAAAGGGCAGAAACAAAAAGUCCAAAGAGGAAAUUCGUGACGAGGAGGAGAACAUCAUAAAGAACAUUAUAAAAAGUAAAAUAGAUAUAAAGGGAGGCUAUCAGAAACCCCAGUUCCGUGACCUUCUCCUGUUUCAAAUUCUCUUAGCUCCCUUUCACCUGUGCUCAUAUAUAGUCUGGUAUUGCCGGUGGAUCUAUAAUUUUAACAUCAAAGGCAAAGAAUAUGGGGAAGAAGAAAGACUAUAUAUCAUACGUAAAUCUAUGAAGAUGUCAAAGUCUCAGUUUGAUAGUCUAGAAGAUCAUCAGAAAGAAACUUUUCUUAAACGGGAGCUUUGGAUAAAGGAGAAUUAUGAGGUCUACAAACAGGAACAAGAAGAGGAACUAAAGAAAAGAUUAGCAAAUGACCCUAGAUGGAAGAGAUACAGGAGGUGGAUGAAGAAUGAAGGGCCCGGACGGUUAACGUUUGUGGAUGACUGAAGAUUGCUGGAAUGCUACUAUGCCAAACCUUAAUUGUGAUACUAUUUUCAUAACUGAAUUAUUUUAGAAAUGUACUGACUGUUCCUCAGCAGUAACUAAAAUUCCUCAAGUAUUUGAUUAAACAGAAUAAUGUAGAAAUUUAAACUUUCCCUUUAAACUUUAUACAUAAGACAUUUAUGAUUGUUCAAUUUUUAUAAUCAAUUUGUGGAUUUUGUUAAAAGAUUUAACAUGAAGAUUUAUUAGUUGCCAUUUAAAAAUUUUAUAUGUUUGGUUAAAAAAUUUGACAUGAAAAUUUAUUAGA